AUGCUUCUAGGCCGCACGGCGGUCAAGCGAUUCAUGUCUUUGAGAAUACCACGCUCCCAUUUGCUGUAUACGCACGCGCGCACCCCAUCCUUGCCCGACCGCAUCAGCGUACAUGAUCUCCAGGUGCGUAUGCAUGCGGGCUUGGAUGCAUGGGGACGAUUCGUGCCGCAACCUGUUCACAUUGAUGCUCACUUGUAUACAGAAGUAAGCCGCGCAGGUCAAAGUGAUCAUGUUGAGCACACACACAAUUACGGCACUCUCUAUCGCGCGCUGGAACGCUUUGCUGCAGAUACCCAUUGCACGUCUCUGGACCAAGUUGCCGAGGGGUGCAUGAACAUAUGCUUAAAUGAAUGCCAUGCACCUUAUGCAGAAGUGCACAUCCGCCUGCCUAGGGCUCUCUUGCAUGCAGAUGCAGCAGGGAUGAUACUAACACGUGCCAAAGACGAGACUGCGAACGUCCUGGAUCAACUGUGCAUUCAGCAACUUCGCGUUGAUGCGAUCUUAGGCGUGAAUUCGUGGGAACGCGAGAGAAAACAGCGUGUUAUUGUUGACGUCGAUGUAUCCCCUGCCACCUGUGCUCCAUAUGAAGCCAUCGCGCAUAGUGUCUAUGCUCACGUCCAGGCAUCUGCUUGCCUUACGAUCGAGUCUCUCGCGUCGCAGGUGGCGGAGAUUGUAUGUGCGCAGCACCAAGCCGAUGAAGUUCGUGUAUGCAUAUCCAAGCCGAGUGCCAUCAUGCAUGCAUCUCGAUCGAGUGUCGAGGUUAUGCGCCAUCGUUCCCAAUUUGGUCUCCCUCCCGUGUCCCUUCCUGUCCCAUCCACCCACAUAGCUAUUUUGGCACUGGGGUCGAAUCUGGGUGAGCGAAAGCACUACAUUGAAGCAUCCGUCCAGGCGCUGGACCAGCAUCCAAAAAUUCAAAUCGUUGAUACAUCGUUCUUUUACGAAACUGCUCCCAUGUAUUACGAAGACCAGCCUCGAUUCUUGAAUGGAGCUUGCAAAAUACAAACGUCUCUAACGCCACAUGAAUUAUUGGACUUGUGUCAAAACAUUGAAAAGCAGCUGGGUCGAAGCAAAGAGCACGUACCACGAAAUGGCCCCCGCGUUGUAGAUGUGGACAUUGUCCUGUAUGACAACUUGGUUGUGAACGAUGGCGAUCGCCUCAUCAUUCCUCAUGCGCGCCUUCAUGAGCGCGCAUUCGUCCUACGUCCUGUAUGCGAUAUGGCGCCAUCGUUCGUGCACCCUAUUUUGCAACGCACUAUGGCAUCGCUCUUGACAUCCACCUCCAUGGCUGAUAUGUCUCGUGUCAUGCCAGUGAGGCAUGACAUGUGGGCAUGGGGCUCUAAAACGCGCGUCAUGGGCAUUCUCAACGCUACGCCCGAUUCAUUCUCAGAUGGCGGAGAACAUAUGCACAUUGACGCUGCUAUGAAGACCGCUCGUCAAAUGGCAGAAGCAGGAGUAGAUCUCUUUGAUGUGGGCGGCCAAAGCACGGCGCCUGGUCGUCUGGAAGUGUCGGUGGAGGAGGAAAGGGCUCGGGUAUUGCCUUUGAUCCGCGCCCUAAGUCAGGAUUCGGCGACUCGACAUAUUCCUAUUUCAAUCGAUACGUACCGUGCGGAGGUCGCGCAAUAUGCCUUGGACGCCGGUGCAUGUAUGGUGAACGAUGUGAGUGGUGGAACGCGCGAUACGCGUAUGUUGGAUCUUGUGGCGGAGCGGCAUUGCCCUUACGUUGUUAUGCACAUGCGCGGCGAUGCAUCCACGAUGACAAGUCUUACACACUAUGAAGGUGGUGUCGUGCAUGAUACAAUUAUGGAAACUCACAAUCUUGUGGCAAAGGCACUGUCCCGAGGCGUACGUCGAUGGAAUCUCAUCGUCGACCCUGGUAUUGGAUUUGCCAAAGACAAAGAAGGCAACCUGGCUCUGUUGCGCGAGCUUCCCAAAAUGGUAGAAGAUCACGCUGCAGGUAUAUUACCGGGAAGUCAUGUUUAUGCAACGAAUGCAUCGUGCAAUGCAUCACUCAUUCACAUGCCCCUUCUUUUGGGUGUGAGUCGCAAGCGGUUCCUUGGCCAACUCAUCCAAGAGAAAACCUCGGAUCCCGCUCAUCGAAUGCAGGCUACCAUGGCUGCCUGCGUGGCAGCCAUGUCCACAGGCUGUGUCGAUAUAAUUCGUGUACAUGAUGUGGCACAAGCCUUGGACGCUGUGAGGAUAUCAGAUGCCAUUUGGCGCAAAGCUAGUUGA